AUGGAAGAAAAUGGAAUGAAGGCAAAGCUUGAAGUAGAGUUUAUCAAAAAUGACAAUCCAGUAGAGUCAGUGAUUAAAAAUAACAGUGCGGAUGAACUUAUUUCCCUGACUUUACCAACUCAAACGCGUUCUAACAAAAGGAAGCACAUCAGAACAGAUUUCGAUGAAAUAAAAGUGUCAUUCGACGCCGUUGAGGCACAAAGACAAGAAAGAGAGCGGCUAGAACGCUUGUCAAAAAUAUAUGAGUCGGAAAUUGGUGAUUUUGUAGAAGCGCAGUACAGAGAAGGAUUAAGUGCUAGUGAAGAUCCAUAUGUGAAAUUGGAGCCGGUAUCCAAAUAUCUGAAAACGUCAUCUCUGCCUGAUGUGAAGCCUUCAACGUCUUUUAUAGAUGAUGUAAUAGAACUGAGUAGUGAUGACGAUUCCGAUGUCGACUGUCGUCCACUUGAUCUAAUUCAGCCACUGCCAUUACGCCGACGGUCAUCGUUAUACAGGGUAGUACAUGAAGACGUAACCGAUGAGCUGCAUCGUGUUGAACGUGAAAGACUAUGUAAAAAGCUACUUACGGAGGAGGAACUUGAAAGUAAGAAUUUGAUGGGAGGUCGAUUACUUGUGAACCCUGGAAAGGCGACUGAUGAAGCUGAUGUUUAUGUCCCCUUUCAUCUCAAUGAUGUGCUUCAGCCGCAUCAACUGGGAGGCAUACGAUUCAUGUACGGCAAUAUCAUCGAAAGUGCGAAAGAGUAUGAAAAAUCAGCUGGUUUUGGUUGUAUUUUGGCGCAUGCGAUGGGAUUGGGAAAAACGAUUCAGAUAAUUGCAUUUACGGACAUUUUUGUCCGCACGACAAAUGCAAAAAAGAUAUUGAUCAUUGUGCCGGUAAAUACGAUACUGAAUUGGUAUUCCGAGUUUGAAAAAUGGUUGCCUAACAGAGCUAAUGAAGCAGGAGAAAACAUACGUCCAUUUGUAGUUUGGCUUUUGGGUGAUGCAGUAAAAACAAAUGAACAGCGCGCAGAAUUAAUACAAAAAUGGCACACAGAAGGAGGUGUUCUGUUAAUUGGUUAUGAUAUGUUUCGUUUGCUGGUGCAAAUAAAACCAAAAAAACGGGUUACUGGAAGACCUAACAAGAAAACAGAAGAAAUAGUUGAUCUGGAAAAGGAAGAGUUGGAUGCGAUGGCUCUUUGUGCAGCUCGAGAAGCUUUAUUGGAUCCUGGUCCUGAUUUGGUCGUGUGUGACGAGGGUCAUCGCAUAAAAAAUGAAAGAACAGGAAUAGCAGCAGCUUUAAGUGCUAUAAAGACAAGACGUCGGAUCGUGUUAACGGGUUAUCCCUUGCAGAACAAUUUGAUGGAAUAUUAUUGUAUGGUAGAUUUUGUAAGACCUCAUUAUUUGGGUUCGAAGAAAGAAUUCAGUGUUAUGUUUGAAAAGCCAAUAAAAAACGGACUCUGUAUUGAUUCUACACCGUCGGAUCUCAAAAUUGGCCGUCAACGUACUCAUGUCCUUAUUGAGUUAUUGAAAGGAUUUGUACAGCGGCGGACGCAUCAUUUGUUAAAAAACACCCUACCGCCGAGUUCUGAAUUUGUUAUAUUAUUGCGUAAAAGUCCGGUACAGAGAAUGCUUUACCGAGCAUUUUUACAAUAUGCACAGAACGAAAUUAGUGUUAGCGGAACUGCAGUUUUCAAUCCACUUAAAGCAUUCGCCGUUUGUUCAAAGAUUUGGAAUCAUCCGGAUAUCUUAUAUGAAGUUUUCCAAAAAAGAAAAAUUGAAUAUGAAAGCGGAAUUAACGAAAAAAAUGCGCAAUGCGCAGCACCAGAAGCAGCCACAGAUGAUUUGACGGAUUCAGCUUUAUCGCUUGCUUUAAUUGAUUCGUCAACGUUGCCUACCGUAUUAAGCGAUCCGACAACUUUGCAGUCUUCGCUAGAUAGCUUUAGCUAUGAUAGUAAAUCUUUCUUUGACGAGAAAUUCUCUGCUGAUGAUUUGGAUACAAUUUUGCAAGACACUGGUGGUAUGUGUCUAGCAGUGGAAGAGACAUCUCAAAUAGCGCCAUCAUUUUCUGUCAAUGAUAGUGCCAAUGCUGUUCACUUCGCUGUGAAUGCGAUUUCUCAUAAAAUGGGCGUUCGUUCGAAACAUAGCACUAUUGCUAAUGCUUUGCUUGAGGAACUUAAUCUUGAUAAGGGAAUUAAAUACGACUGGGCUACAUUUGCUCUUCAUGGAUACAAACCUGGUGUUCUUGAGAAUGGUUACAAAAUGGUGGUGUCGUUAGCUAUUAUUGAACAAGCUGUGUUGAAUGGUGAAAAGGUGUUACUGUUCAGUCAAAGUUUGCUUACUCUCAACCAGAUUGAACGCUUUCUUGAAACAUCGAGCUCUGUAACUGUUGGUAACGAAAAGCUUCGCUGGAAAAAGAGUAUCAAUUACUACCGUUUUGAUGGGUCAACCACGGCUACAGAAAGAGAGAAAUUGAUAAAUCGUUUUAAUCAAGAUCCUAAUAUUCUUCUCUUUCUUAUAUCAACUCGGGCUGGAUCGCUUGGCAUAAAUCUCGUUUCUGCAAGUCGUGUUAUUAUCUUUGAUGCUUCUUGGAACCCGUGUCACGACGCGCAAGCAGUAUGUCGUAUAUACAGAUACGGUCAAAAAAGGCGUACAUACGUGUAUCGUUUGAUUAUGGACAACAGCAUGGAGAGGGCCAUUUUUAGUCGUCAAAUUGGAAAGAAUGGAUUACAACAACGAGUUGUAGACGAUAAGCAGAUGGACAUUGACAUCACGAAGCGUGAAAUGGAGCAGCUUCUUGUCUACGAUGAGUCACUUGAUGUGGCUACAGAAGAAUGGAACAUAACUACUUGGCAAAUUGAUGAUGCUUUGCUUUGGAUGACAGCUCUGUCUCAUUCAAAAAUGUUUUCUCAAAUUCCGUUCUUGCACGAAAGCCUACUGAUGGAAAGGGAAGAUCGACUAAGCGAGGAAGAAAAGCUCGAAGCCAGGAUGCUUUAUGAAAGAGAAAAACAAAUCUACAAAAAUGGAGAUUUUGAUUAUGAUUGGACACUACGUAGUGGUGGUGGUCGUAGUAAUGAAUUUGAGGGUCCACGAAUGUCGUUCCCACGAAUUUGGCCAUCAGCAUCGCAACAAAUGCACGAUCCAAUGCCACUUAGACCAACACCAAUGGCAAUGAUUCUUGAGCGCACCAUGGAAAAUUUGAACAAUGAGGAACCUACGGCUACAUCAGAAGAACAUUCUAACAUCCAUGCCAAAGAAAUCAUCUCUGACAGAGAAAUGGAGCUUCCAUGUUUAACUGCUCCUGGACAAAAAGGAAAAGUUAAACUACAUGAGAAAUGCUGGCUGGUGACUUUACCGAGUGGAAUUUUCAUUCGAUCGUUGCGUGGUGAUGUUUAUGACGCUCGCGGUACAGUUUAUGACAAGUCAAGAUAUAAGACAGGAAAGGGACAAAAUUCAUUUGCUCCCAGUGAGGUGAUCGAUUUGUGUGAUUCUGAUUGA